CUCACAAGGCUAUCCAUUCACUCUCACUUACCCAACUACAUACGCUCCAUCCACCAUGGCCGACCUCAAUCUCUUCUGUCUCACCGAUGGAGAUCCCACGUCGAGAGCGUUCGAUAUCGAUAUUGAGCCGGCUGCCAUAGUCUCCAUCCUUAGAAAGGCCAUCAAGGCCCAAAAGAACGCCGCUUUCGCUGAUGUCGCAGCAGACAAGCUUAAGCUCUGGCGUGUUUCUGUUCCUGUCGUCGCUGGCCAUAUCCACAAUGCGGUCUUCCUGAACGAGAUCGAUUCCAAGACGGAGCUCAUUCCGACAGACGAUGUCUCCGAUGUCUUCCCAAACACGCCAGCCAAGGAAAUAAUUCACAUCAUUGUUCAGCGACAUCACCAAGCGACCUGA